GCACGUUGUAGGUAGGCCACAUCGCGCGUACAUUGCAUGCGUGUAUGGCAGGGUAGCCUACCCUCAAUCUUGCAGGCGUCAAGCUCGCUGUACUUUAACAGUGGCUGGUAGAUCCUUCGUUAGCAGGCGUAGUAUUCAUCACAUAUGCCGAUUCUUUGGCAGGCAAUGCACAGUCGGGUUCGUAGGGCUGGACCACACUAACUUACCCGACCCGGACAAGAAACCACAUCCGUCUGCCGCUCGCACCGUUCACACUCGCAAAAGCACUCACCUGAAAUCACAGAAAAGGGAGAGGUAAAUUAAUCACGCGAGAAAGAACGAACUUCCUGCUGAGUCAUCACGGCCGUCUGCCCUCCUCCGCACUUGCCAGCACAACAAUACGCACUGCGACAUGCCGGGACCAUUGUAGCACAACAUGGCCGCCACAAAAUCCCAAGUAAAAUGAUAAAUAAAUAAUAAAAACCUCGGUGGUUUCCCAGGGCCAAGCACAGCUAUGCGACAUGGGCUGCAGUACCUCUAUGGACAUUUAUAAGACCAGCAGGAGAUGCAGGCGGGCGGGCCGGGUCCACCCCGCGGAGGCGACCACGAUGAGGACGAGGAAGAGGAGGAAGAGGAGUCGCCGAGGAGGGUCAAGCGCUGCCGAGAAGCACAGAUCCUGCAGACUCUGGUGUCGGGUCCACUGACAGUAAGGCAGGCGGUGUCGACCAGUCGCUCCUUGCAGGUGUCUUCGCUACCCUCAAUUCAAGAGAAGCCGUUUCAAGACAAGAGCGAGUUCUCCGAGAAAGACUUUCCGUCCGCCGAGAGCGGCGCCCCAGGUUUUGCGCCUCCUGCACCUCCCCCACCUCCUUCCGUUUCGCGGCCAACUGGGUGUAAGGAGGUCGCCAGCGCCGGUCCUUCCGGCUACAGGUCCCGGCGCGCGGGGCACGCCCUAGUGGGGCACGCCCUGGCGGGGCUCGCCCUGGUGGGGUCCAGCGCGCCUGCCCGCAGCCCACGGCCCGUGGGGGGCGGCCGCCCCUGCCGCGGUCACAAUAUCAUGUCACAUUUUUCAAAACGCUUAGUGCGAUAUAGGGAAAGGGUACCUAAUAGGUACUACCUAUGUCACAUUAUAACGCAUGUGACAUGA